AGUUCGUUGCGACAUUGACACGAUCAUCAAGGACCUCGCCAUUAGCCGAGAACGUCUUGGAGAAGCUUAUUUGAUCCUUCUUGGAGGCACAGGGAUAUAUAGCGAACACUUCGCCCAUGUUUCGCCUUAGCAGCGCACAGAACAUGGGCAACCCAGCGUCCGUCGCGCAAGGUCCGGGUCUUGUCGGCACUUUCCUCAAUGUCUUCCUCUACGGCAUCAUGGUCACUCAGUGUACCUUCUACUACUCCAGAUAUCCAAAGGAUCGCAUUUGGCUGAAGUGCCUGGUCGUCGGUCUUCUCAUCGCAGAUACGACGAACUGUGUCUUCGAUAUCUGCUGGAUCUACGACAACCUGGUCAAUCACUUUGGGGAUGUCCCCUAUCUUGAGUCGGGAAACUGGGUGUUCGCUACUGAUCCCGCUAUGGUGGGUAUCAUCUCCUGCACCGUGCAGCUGUUCUUCGCCUGGCGCGUCAAAGUUCUUACGAACAACUUGUGGGUCGUGGCCAUCAUCUCCCUCACCGCCUCUACAUCGUUCUUCGGAGGCGUCGGCACCGCGAUCGCAAUCCACUUCGUCCCGCAGUUCGAGCAGUUCCAAAAGUUCGAGGUUAUCGUCAUCAUCUGGCUCAUCGGCGCGGCCGUCUGCGAUGCCAUGAUCACGCUCUCGCUUACCUGGCACCUGCGCAGGCACAAGACUGGGUUCUCCGGGACAGACGACAUCCUGAACAAGAUCAUCCGGCUGACCGUCCAGAAUGGCCUGCUCACCGCCGUCUGGGCGAGCAUCGACCUUGUCGUGUACCUUUCCACGCCUACCGGCCUGCACCUCGCGUUCAACUUCCCACUCGCGAAGCUGUACACGAACUCUCUCAUGUCGAGCCUCAACUCGCGCUCCGGCUGGCGGUACCAGACGAGCGAGCACACAGACCAGAAGAGCCGCGACAUGGGCGUCGGCGGCGGCGGGCGGCGGCUCGACGUCGUCAAUCUGUCAACAACGACCCGGCCGGAGGUCUUCGUGCACGUCGAGCAGCAUGAGAUGGUCGACGUGAACGAUAAGCGCGACGUCGAAUGGUCGUCAAGGUCCCUGCAGGAGACCGAACGCAGCACAUCGACGAAGGGCGCGAUUGGCUCCGCGGUAUGAUGAGAUUUAUAUGACCCUAUACAUGUUAUUAUAUGUUUUCUCCGAGACCUUCCCCCUCAUUCUUUAAGUAGACCGUAAAAAAGCGGGCACUCGUUUAGUUAGAUUUAUAUGCUUAAAUGUUAUGUUCGGUGGUCAACGCUGUUUCGUGUAGUCGUUCAAUGCUAUCUGUAAUGUAUACCAUUUGAUGCCC